AUAUUUAUUAAUGAAAUAAAUAACAACAUAAUGUUUAUUUAAGCUGAAAUUUAAAUAUUUACUUUUGAAGCAAUUCACAUUAAAUUGUAUUCAUAUAUGUGACUUCCCGGUUAUAUUUUUUUUCGCCACUUCUGUGGAACGGGUAAAAUGUGUAUUACGAUUACGUCACAUUAAUAGGAUGGAAUGAAAUUCGAAGAGUAUGGUAAUAUAGUCGAUUUAAAAUUAAGAAGAAACACGUAAAAAAUAAUUGAAUAUCUAAAACUAUUAUGUAAUAAUAUAAUUAAAAUAUUUUUAAUCAAGUAUUUAAUAAUGAAUCGCGAAAAAAUGUUCAGUAAUUUGACAAGUAGACGCGGCCAAUUUAAACUUUAGAAUUAGAACAAAACAAAAACUUUAAUCAGUUGUUCGGGAACAAAAAUAUACCAGAAACGAGAUAUUACUUAUAAUAUAAAAUGAAUUUAAUGAUAUUGUUCAUAAAUUUAUAUUAUGCCAAUAAAAAAACCAUAGAAACAUAACCUCUAUUUUCCGAAUUCGUAGCUCCAAGCAGUAUUCAAUUAAAAGUUGAUAAAUGAUUAAAUUGUUUUAUUAUUUUAUCUAAAUUUGUAAAUCAUUUUUUCUAGUCCAUAUUAUAGUGUUAUCUAGCUCAACUAUUGCUUUUAAAAUUUCAAGUCAUUUAGAUUAAGGGAGGUCAAAGUUCAUGUACAGUGGAAGGGAAAAUAAUUUACAUUUUGGAAAUAUUACGAUUUCAAAUUUGAUUAUCCUAUUAUAAAGACUGAGCACAAUGAUUUUAUUAAAAUCAUUCAAGGUUAUGCAAAUGAGCCAAAGGCUUUACAGUUGUGGUUUGAAAAAAGAUGUGGUUAUUAUAUCAGCAGUUAGAACACCCAUUGGUACGUUUUUGGGACCUUUUGGGCCAUUAUCUGCCACACAACUUGGCGCAGUUGCAAUUGAAGCGGCUGUAGAAAGAGCUUGUAUCCCCAAAGACGAAAUUCAAGAAGUUUAUAUGGGUCAUGUUUGUCAGGGAGGAGCAGGACAAGCACCAGCAAGGCAAGCUGCUAUAUUUGCAGGGCUUCCAAAGUCAACAGUAUGCACAACAGUGAACAAAGUUUGUUCCUCUGGUAUGAAAUCAAUUAUGUUUGCCACACAAAGUCUUUUAUUAGGAGAUCAAGAUGUCAUACUAGCUGGUGGAAUGGAAUCUAUGUCAAAUGUACCAUAUUAUUUAAAAAGAGGCCAAACUCCAUAUGGAGGUGUAAAUCUUAAUGAUGGUAUAAUAGUUGAUGGUUUAUGGGAUGUCUAUAAUAAAUUUCAUAUGGGAAAUUGCGCAGAAAACACUGCAAAAAAACUAAAUAUUUCAAGAGAGGAACAGGACAAUUACGCAAUUAAUAGUUAUAAGAGAAGCGCUGAAGCAUAUGAGAAAAAUGUAUUUGCUUCAGAGUUAGUUUCUGUUAAGGUGCCACAGAAAAAAGGACAACCGGAUGUAGUAGUUUCAAAUGAUCAAGAAUACAAACGAGUGAAUUUUGAGAAAUUUGGAAAACUCCCAACAGUGUUCCAGAGAGAAAAUGGGACUGUCACAGCAGGUAAUGCUUCAACUAUAAAUGAUGGGGCCGCAGCUUUAAUUCUCACAACAGCUGAAAAAGCGGCAGCAUUAAAUGCUAAACCUCUAGCAAGAGUCUUAGGUUACCAAGACGGUGAAUGCGAUCCUGUUGAUUUCCCUAUUGCACCAUCCAUACCAAUCCCAAAACUAUUAGAAAAAACUGGUGUAAAAAAAGAUGAUGUAUCCAUGUGGGAGAUAAAUGAGGCUUUUAGUGUUGUAGUACUAGCCAACCAGAAGAUUUUAGGACUGGAUCCCAACAAAGUUAAUAUACAUGGCGGCGCCGUAAGUUUAGGUCAUCCCAUUGGUAUGUCAGGGGCAAGACUUAUUGUUCAUUUGGUUCAUGCUCUGAAAAGUGGUGAAAAAGGAGUAGCAGCUAUUUGUAAUGGAGGUGGUGGAGCCUCUUCGAUGAUGAUUGAAAAAUUGUAAGUGAAAACGGAUUUAUUUGGAUUAUUGGCAAUGUAGUGUAAGUUUAUAACAACAUAAGGCUAAAGGUUUAUUUUUUAUAUAAAAAUAUGUUUACAUAACUGUUUAUAUAUUCAAUUUACUUCAUUAAAUUUUAUAUUAAAAA